AUGCUAACCGCGUUCUACCCCCCCCAGUCACAACUCGACCCUCUGCCCAACGACCUACCGUUUCGCAUAAUUUCGAAGACGGUAGGCCGCGGUGCCUAUGCCUCCAUCAAAAAAGCCAUCCCCCUCGACGCCCCAACGCCCGUCUUCGCCGUCAAGCUCAUCCACAAGGGCUACGCCGUCAAGCGCGGCCGCGUGUCGGCCAAGCAGCUCGCCAUGGAGGUGUCCCUGCACUCCCACGUCGGCCAGCACCCCCACGUCAUCGAGUGGUUCGCCUCGGGCGAGGACCCCGUCUGGCGCUGGAUCGCCAUGGAGUACGCCGAGGGCGGCGACCUCUUUGACAAGAUCGAGGCCGACGUCGGCGUCCGCCAGGACAUUGCCCAGGCCUACUUCCUGCAGCUCGUCGGCGGCGUCAGCUUCAUGCACUCCAAGGGCGUCGCCCACCGCGACCUCAAGCCCGAAAACGUCCUGCUCUCGGCCGACGGCAGCCUCAAGCUCGCCGACUUUGGCAUGGCCACCAUGUUCGAGUACAAGGGCCAGCGCAAGCUCAGCGCCACCCUGUGCGGCAGUCCCCCGUACAUUGCCCCCGAGAUUCUCGCCUGCGGCCGCCCGGACAAGAAGUCGGCCGGUGCUACGGGCAAGUACGCGCCCGACCUGGUCGACGUGUGGUCCUGCGGCGUCGUGCUCUUUGUGCUGCUCGUCGGCAACACGCCCUGGGACGAGCCCUCGUCCAACAGCUGGGAGUUUACAGAAUACCUCCGGACCGGUGGUCACAGCACGGAUGCCUUGUGGGAGCGCGUCCCGCCGGAAGCCCUGUCUCUCUUACGCGGCAUCAUGUGUGUCGAUCCGGCCAAGCGCUUCAGCUUCGCCAAGAUCCGCCAGCACCCCUGGUACACGCGGCACAACCCGCUGCUCAACGCCGACGGUCGCGUCGCCGACCCGAUCUACCUCGCCACCCAGAUGCUCGAGAAUCUCCGCAUCGACUUUACCAAGCAGCCGCUCCGGCCCUCCCAGGGCCCCCCGUCCUCCAUGCCCGACGAGAUGGACCUCGAUUCGGGCAUGAAUGCCGGUCGCUUCGCGGCCACGCAGCCCGACGUCCCCAUUGUCGACACCGACUGGGACUUUGAGCGCCCUGCGCUGCGGUCCAUGGCCGUGCCCUCGGCCUCGCUGCCGCCCCGCGGCGCCGCCAACGACGGCCGUCGCCGGAUGCUCGAGACGCUGGCCGACGAGCCCUCCAUGUCGCAGUUCUCCCAGGCGCCCGGCCCCUCCAUGACGCUGACGCAGCAGGCCCGCCAGUUUCGUGACAUUUGCCCUGCCGAGUCGCUCACGCGCUUCUUCUCCCACGUGCCGCCGGCGCACCUCGUCCAGAUGCUCAGCGACGCCCUGCACCAGCUCAACGUGCCCCUCGCGCCCGUCACGCCCAAUCUGUACGGAUACUCGGUCGCCACCAUAAAGGUCCGUGCCGUGGACGGCCGCAACCAGAGCCUGCACGGCGAGAUCCAGGUCCACAGGCAGGCCCUGCCGGACGGGACCGAGGUCCUCGACGUACGCUUUACAAAGGUCAAGGGCGACCCGCUAGAGUGGCGCCGCUUCUUCAAGAAGAUUGUCGUCCUCUGCAAGGACGGUGUAUAUGUGCCGGAUGCCUAG